GUCGCUCUUGUCGCAGUACCAAGUGCUCAUCGGAUCUCGUCCUCAGGAUGCGCUAAAUUUAAACAUUAGCGCAAAAUUCUGACGAACGGACAUUUUUCGCGCUCUCUUUUUCUCCAAGGCAGGGCCGAGUCAGCCCUCUCCGGUCCCCUCCGGCUUUUUAUGAUCACUCUGCAGGACUAAAGCUGCCAGAAUGAUGAAGGAAUGCCUCCAGUUUUUAAUUGAACCGGCCAAAAAGCUCAAGAACCGACUGAAGGAGUCCCGCAAGAGAGUGAAGCUGGAAAAAAAAGAGCCGCUGCUGUUGGAAAGUCAAUUAUUUAUCAUGGAGCUGGCCAGAGAACUCGGCAAAAUUUGCCAGAGGUCCAAUAUUCUGCAGCAUAUAUGGGCCGGCGAGGACGUCUGGCCGGCCGCUUUGUGUCGGGAUUUCAUUGUCGAGUGGGCUGCUGUGCUGGAGAAAAAAGUACAGCCAAAAAUCAACCUGUCUGACGAUCAGUACCACAAGCCGGAGAAGUUGGAUUGGAGGGGUCACCUCCUUUGUAUCCUCGAAGCCGGGGGAGAGUGUGAAAUGGGGCCUCACAAGAGGAUCAUCAUGGAUUGGACGCGAGAAAUGAAAAACAGGCCUCAGGCCAGCAUCUGGCCGGGUGAGCCGGUGCUCAUGAUGCUGGACGACCUGGAGUUCCAGUGGAAGAGGGGACAUCUACCUAACUUGCUCCUCGCCGUGGAGCUUGUGAUACUGGCAGUGCUGAACUCGGACAGGCCUGUCAAGGAGGACGUGACCAAGGAAUGGCUGGUCAGAAAGCAGAGGAACCAGAACAUAGAUGCUGUCCACUACAUCCCCCAUGGUGUGUGGAACUGGAUCUGUGAGGCCUCUGAGGACGUGACGCUGGACCCGGAAUCGGCCAACCCGGAACUUUUAAUCUCCGUCGACGAAAAGAGCAUGCGAUGCGGCCCGGAGCGGCGCGACGUCCCGUGCGCCGACGGCCGCUUCGACGGCUGGUGGUGCGCCGCCGGUCGCCGGGGCUUCGUCUCGGGACGUCACUACUGGGAGGUGGAGGUGGGCCGGCGGGACUGGCGGCUGGGCGUAGCCAAGGCAUCCGCCGUGAGGCGCGGUUUCCGUUCUCUCAACACGGACUCGGGCUACCUGACCCUCCGCUUGGAGAGGGGCAAAGAUCUGAAAGCUUUGACCGUGCCCGUCACUUUGCUUCCUCAGAGCCUGGCGCCCACAAAAGUGGGCAUAUACCUGGACUACGAGCAGGGCCAGUUGUCGUUCUACGACGUCGACAAGCGCUCCCAUGUUUACACAUUUAACGACAAGUUCACGGAGGAGCUGGUCCCCGUAUUUGGGACGGUGGAGGUACUGAAGGAUCUGGCCAUCAGGCCAGCAGGGAUUAAACAACGCUGCCUCUGUCCCGGGCCGUGCCUUUGGAACUGAACUACUAGCAUGUGCCGUGGAUUUGGAACACGGGACUUUAAAGUGAGCCGAUCACCUCUUGAUAUAUUGUAGUGAAAGAAAUCCUCGCGGAUUCAAUACAGUGUAAAGGCUGUUUUAUACUACCGGCAGCCUAGUGUGAAGGGUUCAGCGGCAACCCAUUCAUUGUGUAUGCGGGAGUGGAAUUCUCGGCAAAAGUGAGCGGGGGGCAGCCGGCAAGUUUAAAUGAAUUUGCGCCCAAAAUAGAGCCGUGCUGCGCUGACGUCAACAACGCAUCCAAUAGCGGAGGGGUAGGCAUACUUACAUCUGCGCUAUUAAACUGUUUCGGAGGACAUACACGCAAACCACGGCCGACGAAACCUUGAUAAAUGCGCUUUCGUGACCACUGUGACGCUCGAAAAAUGACUCUCAUACCUCUCCUUGCUAAGAUAAAUGGUGCGUUUGUGUGGAAAUGUAGUUCUCGAACAAACAAAAAAAAAACUACCGUAAUUUUCGGACUAUGAGCCGCUACUUUUUUCCUUCAUUUUGAAUCUUGCGGCUUAUUGUCCAGUGCGGCUUAUUUGUUGAUUUAUUCGGGUUAAUAGGUAACACAUGCCUCCUAGCAUGCAUUGCAGCGCCAACAAUGUAAACACCAAUCAAAAUUCAUGUUCUAUGCCAUUUUUCUAUUCAGUUACUGUUCCAGUUAUUUCAUUAAUUGCUAGUUAUGGUAUUUGGGAACACUUUAUUAAACAGCAGCGUCAUAUGACUGUCAUAAUUAUGACAUGACACUAUCAUGGGCAUUAAUCAAUGCUUAUAACAGAUGUCAAGUGUCAUUCGACAAGUUAUGUUAAUAACGCCAUUUAUAUCCAGCUCGGAUCUUUUGCAUCCAUUCAAAAGUGAGAUCAUUUGCCGGAUAACACGAAUGACAUCUGUUAUAAACAUUCACUAAUGCUUGUGACAGUGUCAUGUCAUGAUUAUGAUUGUGUAAUGACAGUUUUAUGGCACCACUGUCAAAUAGUGUGUCACCAAAUAGUACAACUAGGAAUAAAUGAAACAACUGGAACAGUAACAGUUAUAAAUAAUUAGCUCAUAACAUGAAUUUUGAUUGUUAUUUUCAUCUGGAGCACUGCAAUACAUGCUAAGAGGCAUGUUGGACAGCAACCGGGUUGACAGCAGGUGGCAGCAGAGGUUGAAUGUCUCCCCCAAGGGAGCAGUAAUGGCCAAAUGAAGCUUAUUGAAGCAAUGAAGCUUUGCAGCCAAUUGAUUCAAAGCUUCAUGGUGGUUCAUUUGGUCUUAUGACAGUCGUAUGAUGCCGGUUGUUAAAUAAAGUGCUACCAUUUGAUAUCUUUUGGUCUAAAUAUCCCAUAAUACAGUGAGGACAGCUGUGGCUUAUAUUGCUGUGCGGCUUAUCUAUGAAAAAAUGCCGUUUCCGUGUCACAUUUGGUGGGUGGCGGCUUAUAGUCAGGUGCGGCUUAUAGUGCGAAAAUUACGGUAUUCACCUUCUCACCGAAACAACUAAAACUCUUUACUCGUCUAUUAUAAUGCCCCCUACUCCUUGAAAUAGGAAAAAGGGGCUGUUUUCUUGUGCAACAAUGAAAAAUAAACACAUUAGCGCUUGGGACUAUAGUAAAUAUACUUGCUGCUUUUCACUUCCUGACAGUGUCUACGUCAGGCUACGUGGCUCCUCCCAUUUUGCGCUUGUAGUGGAUGGCUCUUCACUAGAGUGAAAAGGCCUUAAGGUUUAGCUCUUGUAGAAUCACAUUUUACAAUAUGUUGUUUUUUUCGGCUCUCUCAGUCAAAAAGGUUCCCGGCCCCUGGCUUAAAGUGUGUAUGACAGCAAAAAGCAUGCUUAUUUCAUAUUUCACGCUGUGUUUUAUUCUCCUGAAUGAAAUGGACCGCUUGGAUGUGUGUGGAAGCGAUCGUUUUAAACAUUCAAUUUUUUUUAAUCCCGUGCCAUGAAAAUGAGUUACUUCCGGCUCCAGCCUCAGGUUUAGGACGAAUGCGAAUGUGACGUCACCCGGGUCAGCAUCUCACAAUACAGCAUGCAGAUGGACUGCAGAUUCAGCAAAUUUUGCGGAUUAAUUUGUUUGUUUUUCGCAUCACGCCACCCAAACAGCUGCAGAAAAUUGUUGCUGCACCGGGGAAAGGCGUGUGAGCCUUUUUGGUUCCCAUCUGGCGGUGGAUAUUGGCCAAAACAAGCUCUAGUACUGUGUGACCAUUGGACUCACGAGGAAGUGAGUAAACAUCGUGUUUUGUAUUAUAUCAAAUACUGGGAUCAUGGCACACGUUUCAAUAUGGAGGUGGCUUGCAUUUUGUGGCUGACAUGCUCCUUGUCCACUGAGAAUGCCGCUCAGUCAACGACAGGCGGCUUGUCGUACAUUCCCAGAGCACUCUACUCGGCUUAUUGCCCUCUUUGUGUGCCUGGUGUUAUGUGAAAUAUUCCACUCGAUCAAAAAUUGCAACUUUGUAUUAAAAAUGGCCGUGAAUAAAGCGGUUAUAAAGUAAACACUACAAACUUUCUUUAAAUAAAGGAAUAUUUACGUACGUUUGAUCAUGACAUGUAGAAAAGUUGUCCUCAGAUAAAUCCUGCCAUGUUAGCUGCACAACAACUGCUCUCUCACUGUUUUUGUCUUGUGUAGUUAAGUAUUAAUUUACGCCAUAUUCGUGUUGACCAUGUGGCAGCUAUGCGCUCCUCCGACGUCGGCCAGUUUCUCCCGCGGUAAUUCUCCGGCUGCUUCCACGGCAAACAUGAUCUCUUGCCUGAAGCAUGGGAUGAGCAGCAACUUGCUCGCCGUCGGGCAGGUUGCCGAACGGGGAAGACAAUCGACAACCCUGCCGUCGUGUGACAUGAUUCCGGGUAGUUUUGAGUGAGUUUUCGCUUGGAAAGCCGAGAAUAGACUUUGAAACAUAACUCUGUUCGGGUUAGCAUGUUGGCUAGCUGUCACACCCCCUGGUUUGUGUACGCGCUCCGAUGCCGGGGGCAGGGAAAUGACAAAAGCCAGACUAACUCCGGUGGCAUAAUGUAUAGUUUGGGAGGUGCAAGAAGUGGAAAGUUUUGACCAAUAUGGAGUAAUUUUGCCAUGUCAUACUGAAUAAAUGCAUUUUUAAUAUUUCAUAUACCAUUUAGCUCAAGACUGUUAUUUGUCAUGACCAUACCAUUUAUUUAUAUACAAAUACUUCGAAAAAAAGAAUAUCCUGUAAAAAUGUUGGAGUAGAGAGACUGAAACAAUGACAUUUUGUGGCUCUCUUUGUCGCAUUUUCCUCGUUCUGAAUAAUUCCCCCUCAAUGGGCCAAAUUCUAAAUCAGAUGAAACCAUGACCCUGCCGACGUCGUCCUCCUGUUGGGGACGCUAGAGCCCUAUAAUGGUAGGCGUGGCUAAACGAUAGAUUAAAAGACUAAUUUCUCGUCAUCUGCGCUUUGCCAAAUUGUUGUAUAUAGUCGAAUCGGCUCAAAAUAUGAUUAUAAUUCACAAAAUAAUGCUAUUUAAGACUUUUUGUUUAAUCCUGUCGCAGGCACUUUAACACUUUUUUAAUCAAAUAAUAUGUAAUUGCCUGUAGAUGCCACAAGGUGGUGGCAAAGCACUACUUACAAAUAAAACUCCUCAAUUUACUUCUAGUUAGUUCCAAAAUGUGCCAAAAAUACUAUUUUUGUUUCCCAAAAAGUUGUUUUCCACCAAAUAAUAGAGGAAAACCCCUUCCUUCAAAUCUGUAAAUUUAAAUUAGGGCUGUCAAACGAUUAACAUUUUUAAUCGAGUUAAUUACAGAUUAAAAAUUAAUUAAUCGUAAUUAAUUGCAAUUCAAAACCAUCUAUAAAAUAUGCCAUAUUUUUCUGUAAAGUAUUAUUGGAAUGGAAAGAUCAGACAUAAGGAUAUAUACAUUCAACAUACAGUACAUAAGUACUGUAUUUCUUUAUUAUGACAAUAAAUCAACAAGAUGGCAUUAUCAUUAUUAACAUUCUGUUAAAGCUAUCCAUAGAUAGAAAGAUUUGUAGUUCUUAAAAUAUAAAUGUUAGUACAAGUUAUUUUAUAUUAAAACCCCUCCUAAUGUUUUAAUAAAAUUUGUAAAAUUUUCAAUCAAAAAAUAUACUAGUAGCCCGCCAUUGUUGAUGUCAAUAAUUACACAAUGGUUCAUGGCUGAUGGGUGCUGAAGCCUAUAAAAUCAGCCACACCCAAGCGCCAGCAGAGGGCGACAAAACUCCAAAAACACAAUUAACAAGUGGACAUUUCACUCUGCUGUCAUUUUAAUCUGUUUGAGCGGGGCAUGUGCGUUAGUUGCGUCAAAUAUUUUAACAUGAUUAUUAAUUACCGCCCGUUAACGCGAUAAUUUUGACAGCCCUAAUUUAAAUCUGUAUGAAUAGCAAGAAGGGAAAGAGUCACACAUCCUUAACUCAUUUAUUAUGUGAUCUUUCAAAUACAGAAAUAAAUAAAAUUGGGCCUAAAUUGUCCAAUGGAUAAACAGAAUUUUACAGCACCUGUUUGUUUUCAGCUAAAUCGCUUUUUGUACAGUUGAAGAGAGUGUGAAAGUUUUUUGUCAAGGGAUAUUUUUUAAAGGUGGAUUUCAUUUUCUUUCUUUGGUACUUAGCGCAUGAGAAACAUGCUGAGUAAAGGCAAAAACACAAACGUGUCAUACGUAGUGCUUCAUUGUAAAGCUUCCUUGGAAGGAAAAAAAAAGCAGACGACUUGCAUGUACACACAAUUUCUUGUAAUGUGGAUUUCCUUGCUUGUAUUUUUUUAUCAAUGCCUUUUCCCUAUCAUGUCAAUAAAUAGCGCUAAUACCACAAAUUGUUUUGUAUCUUUAUUAAGUGCAACAAAUCUUACAUACAGAAAAUUACAAUGGCAAGCACAUCUUAAAAUUUUGAUACUUAAAAAAAAUUUUUUUUUAUAAAUCUGUCAUUUUAUUCAUGUCAAACCCAACACAUCAAAU